GACGCUGAGGCUGUCUUAGGUAGGCAUGGCGGGCAUUGAAGGCGACGACGCUUCGGCAGCUUUGGACCAAAUUGUGACCCAGUUUAACACCUACGAAGAUUACCUGGACUCUCAGAUCACCACGCAGGACCUCUACUACCUGGAGAAUGAAGAAAUGGCCCGCCAGCUGGUGGAGCUCGGCUUUCGGGGAAGUGGAGAAGUUCUGAAAAGGGAAGACUUUGAAGCGAGGAAAGCAGCUGCUGAGGCUUCAAGGCUCUCAGAAAGACACCAGCAAAAGAUCCUGUCAAGUGCAGGAAAAGAUCUGAAAGACAACUUUCUAAAGGCACUGGCAGAGAGAGAAGAAGCCAACCGUAGUGGGAAAAUGGCUUCAAUAAUCUUUAUUCGGGAUCGCAAUGCCCGUGGUCAAGAGGUAUCUGCAUACAUUGACUAUGCACACCGGCUGAAAGUGGAUGAAUUUGAGGUCUACUUCAGUGGGAAGAAGAGGCUUUUCCCCAGGCGCACUGAUAUGAGUUUCUACAACUGGGAUAGAAACAUCUGCUGCCUUAAUUCAAGUCCAAACUAUCAAGUGAUUGCAGAAAAUGUAUGCGGCAUACUUUUCAAGAACAAAGCAGACAGGAAAAUCAUUAAUGUGGACCCCAAGGCUUACCCAGGGGACAACACAACGCGAACUCCAAUCAAAACAGACCUCUACCUGCAAGUGGUUAUCUAUGACCAUGUCCUGAGAAGAAAAAUCUGACUUAACCUUUUCCCCAAGGAACAAAUAAACAGAAAAGAGUUA